GUGCCUCAGACAGCCGCCCCCUGGACCUGCCCCUCCAUUGCUGAGCUCAGGGAAGUGACACGUCCCCUGUCCCCCAGCCCAGAGGCAGCCAUGGCAGCAGAGAGCCCCGUGGAAAGUCUCUGGAAGGAAGUGAUGCGUCCCGUCUGUCUGGAGGAUUUCAAAGCCCCUGUCAUUCUGGAGCAUGGGAACAAUUUUUGCCAGGCCCCCCUCAGCCCUCAAGGCAGAGACACUGAGCAGCAGGGACCCCUCUGGCCCAAUCGGCAGCUGGCAAACAUGGUGGAACUAGCCAAGCCGCUGAGUUUUGAGGCAGCAAAGAGAACAAGAUGGGACAGGGUGUGUGGGGAGCACCAGGAGGCUCUGAAGCUGUUCUGUGGAGAGGCUCAAACUCCCAUCUGCAUUGUGUAUGACAGAUCCCAAACUCACAUGUUGAUGCCCUUACAGGAAGCUGCCCAGGAGUACAAGGAAAAAUUGGAGACUCGUUUGAAGACUCUGAGGGAGGAGAGAGAAAAGCUGCUGAGAAGGAAAAAAACAGCAGACGGGAAAAGCCAGGAGUAUCUGGACGUCAGAAACACCCUGAGUAGGAGUGAUAUGGGGCAAUUCCAGCUGCCGGAAGAGAUUUCCCCUGAACUAGAAGAACAAGUCAGAGGUUUCUACCAGAAAACGAUUGCUCUGUCGGAGACUCUGAGGGAGUUCAAAGACACUCUGCCCUCUGCACUGGAGAGACCAAGAGGAAAAUCCCUUGGAGCUUUCACACAAGGUGAGUUUGCUGGUGGAAAUUCUUUAAGUGAUGUGAGAAUUCCUCUGAAAACAUCUUCAUGGGAUUAUCAUUGAAGUUACCAACCAAACCCAGGGACCACAGAGCACACAGCCCUAAAUCACCCCGUGAUCAGUGAGGAGCCCCAGGGGCACUGCAUGGGGACCUGUGGACAUUUGGAGAAACACAGGUCUAUAGGUUUGUGAUGCUAAAGGGGUGAAAUUAAAGCACAAAACGGACGGCACCUUCAGGUUCAGAUUUCACUGCUCAGUCAGUUUCAAUGUGGGGUUGGUUUCAAACAGUAAAUAGGCUGAAAAGCUUCUUCACCCAAACUCCCUCCUAGACCCCUCUACCUGUCCUGCAUCCCAAACCAUUACCCCGAGCAUCCUCCUUCUCCCAAUGCCCAUCCCAGAUCCUCCAUUUCCUGCAUUUAUGUCAUGGAAGAGUGCAGCUCUCAGCCACUUUCCAUUCCACCCCCAAUGAAAAUUUGUCCCACUUUUUCAAAUGGAUACGGCUCAGUGAGAGCCAGUAAUUGAAAGCUGAAGCCAGACUAUUUCAGACCAGAAAAGAGGCACAAAUGUUUGAUAGGGAAGAAGAUUAGCUGCUGAAACAAAUGAACAAAGAAUUGGUGGAUUCUCCCAUCUCUUGAUGUCUUCAAAUCACUGGGGGACUUUCUAGAAAAUACACUUUGGGGAAACAGAGCUUUGUGCCUGGGUAACCGGACUAAGUGUAAUGGCUUGUGCCACUGAGGGCGUCAGACUGCAUAACUGAGGGUAUCUUCUGAUCCCAUAAAUCUUAAGUUCUCAUCCUGCUAACACUCAGCACAAGUGUUUAAUAAUAAGCACACCUAUUUAAUAAUACCACCACCAUUCAAAUGCUUAACUUCAUUAAUUCUCUGUUUUGAAAAGGGUUUAUAACGUCUCUGUGAGAUGAGGGCAAAGUUUGUGCUGCAAAUCUGUGAAUGAAGACUAAGAGUUUUAAAUACAGCAGCCUGCAUUUAACCUAUGUCUAUGUUCAGGCAUGUGAAUAUGUGCCUUAUCAGAAACACUGGGUGCUUAAAACUAUAUCCCAUUGUUGCAGAUGCAGUAAUCUUGUAACUCAAGCCGGGUGCAGAGAGAAAUGAAUAUAGAUUUGGGAUCUAACUCCCGUGUGCUAUUAAUGGAAUAUUUAGACUAAAACUUUUGUCCACAGUGGCAGAGUCUAACACAUGUGUCACGUCACUAGGGACAAAGCCUGCGGAGAAUGGGGGUGUGGAAAGGAUUAAAGCCCCUUCUGAAAUGUCUCCAAUUCGCCUUCU